AUGAUUGAAAAUUCAAUAUUGACAUCUCAUGUACCAUUUCAAAAUUUAUCAUCAAUUCAAAAGGAAUCAACAAUUUUUGAACGAGUAUAUGGUAAUCGUCGACGACGACCAUAUACAAUUUCUUUAAAUCUUCAAUGGGAACCUGUUAUUUAUCAUACGAAUACAUAUAAACAGAGUGGAAAUGAUUUAAAUAAUCGAAUAUUAAAGACAAAGACUUUUUUCGAUAAUUGUGCAAUACGAGAACAACAACAAACGAAAGCUAUUACGCCACCCAGUUCGGACUAUACUGAUGCAUAUUUAUCUGCUUUCGCUCCGAAAUUAAUUCCUACUAGACGUAUUCAUCGAUUAACUUCUCCUAUAUUUGCACAUGUUAAACCAAUUCCACUCGAACCAAUACGAACAUAUUUAUCAACAAAUGAUAAAAUUAGAACGAGUCAAACUCGUUUUAAUAAUAUUCAAAAUUUAAAUUUAUUCGAUAAAAAUUUACCAUUUUCUUCUAAUAGAAAUUCGACUUUAACAUCGAAUUUCUUUCCAAAUAUUUCUACUAAAGAUGAACCGUUUUCUAAUAUACAAACUUUUUCAUCCGAAACUCAAACAAUUGAUUCUAAUAAUUCAACAUCAAUUGAUCAACCAUCUUUACCUAAACUUUCUACUACUACUUAUCAAUUUGAAUCAUCGAAAGACAAUAUCGAUAAAUCUAUAUCAUAUCCAUCUAGACCUUCGACAUUAUCAUCAUCAUAUAAACCUUCUAUAUUAUUUCAAUCUGUAUCAUCAUCAUCAUUGUCGAAUGAUAUCAAUUCGAAUAGUAUUAAUAAACAAACAAUAUUAUCAUCUUCAAAUAUUGAAAAACAAAUCGAAACAUAUUUAUUACAAAAUAAUGAAGAAAAUUCUUCUAUAAUUCAUAUAAAAACAAAUAUUGAUCCUGAACAAACACCAACAGAUGAAUUAUUAACAAUAUCUUCUAAACCUAUACAAAUUCUUGAAAAUACAAUUAAUGAAUAUGAUUCAUUAAUUAAUCAAAUUUCAGAUAUUCUUGCUACUGUAUCACCAUUAAGUUCUACUGUUAGUAGUAUGAGUCCAGGUCAGAGUGUACUUGAUUAUGAAUUUACUGCAGAUGGUUCACCAAUUCUUAAACGUAAAAAUAUUGAAUCUCAAUUAUCUGAACAACCAAUAGUAUCAAUUACAAAUAUGAAUAGACAACAUGAAAAAGCAAAAUAUUUAAUACGUGAUGAUUCAUAUGAUAAAAUUAUUAUUGCUAUGGAAGAUCUCGAUAGUGAACUAACACCACCACCACCACUUCUUGAUAUUCAAAAAUCAACAAUAACAAUUGAACAAGAAAAAAAUGAAAAUAUAAAAACACUCUUAGACGAACAUCAAACGUUACCAUCAUCUGAACAAAUUCAAGAAGAAAUUAAAACUUCUUCAUUACUUAAUAAUAAUCAUGAAGAAUCUAAAAUUUUAUUAAUCAAUGAAAAACAAUUAUCAUCAAUAACUAAACAAAUCGAAGACGAACAUUCAAUUUCAUCUAUAUCAUCAUUAAAUGAAAUUAAAUUAGAAAACACUAAACUUUCAUCCAAUAAUGAAAUUUAUACAACAAAUGAUAAUAUAGUCUUAGAUAAUGAUGAUGAUGAUGAUGAUGAUAAUAGUUCAUUAUAUCUAAGUCUUACAGAAGAAAUUAAUUCAUCAAAAGCUUCAAUUAUAAUUUCUGAAGAUGAAUCUAAAUCAAUUGAUAAACAACAGAUAAAUACAUCUAACACUGAAGAUAAUCAAAUUAUUGUAUCAAAUUCUAUUGAACAACAAAUCAAAUCAUCUAGUCCAUUUGAAAUAUCAACAAGUUUUUCAAAUUCUAUUGAACAACGAAGUACAUCUUCAGAUAUAAUUGAAUCUCAAUCAAGUCAUAGUGAACAUACAUCAAAUUCAAUAAGUUCUACUAAUAUUAAAUUCAUAUCUGGUAUUGAUACUUCUAAUCAAAAAGAUAUUAAUCAACAAUUUGAAGAAAUCGAAUCAAAUAAAAUUAAAACUUCUACAGAAUUUGUUGAUGAUACAACUAAUCAUCUUAAAACAUCAACUAUAUCAUUACUACCAAAUAUAAUAAGUCCAAUUGAUACACUUACAAAUUCUAUUAGUACUCGAUAUAUAAGUAGUGAUGUCUAUUAUGGUUAUCAAGGUGAACAUAGACAAUUUAUAGAAAAUUUGUCAAAUGUCAAUAAUGACAAUACGAUGAUAUCUCUUUUGACUUCACUUCGUCAAACUAUUAAAAGUCCUAUUACACCACUUAUUGAAACAAUUCAAAGUGUCGUAUCAAGUAUGCAAACAAUUACUACAAUAGAACCAUUGAUAAAUGAAAGAAAAUUGAAAGAACAUAGUCAAAAUGAAACUAUAAUAUUAAAUGAAAUGAUUUUAAAUUCAAAAAAAGAUAUUAAUGAAUAUGAAACUCAUAUUGAAGAAAAUAAACAAAAUGUUCAUAUUCCCGAUGAAUCAAAAUCAGUAUUGAACAAUAUUUAUCAAACAGUUACAGAAACUAUGGAAGCAAUAUUAACAAAUCUUCAAAAAGAACAACAAGAAAUUUUAUCAACAUCGAAUAAAGACCAAAUCUUCACUGAAGAUGAUUUAACUAUUCUUCAAUUAUCACCAUCUAAGGAUAAUUUAAACGAAACUACAUUAACACUAUCGUCUUUACUUGAUUCUAUUCAAGAGAACGUUUCAGAUACAAUACCAACAUUUAUUGAAAACAUUCAAAAUAUAAUACCUACAGAUCUAUCAUCAACACAAAUUCAAAAAUCAAAGGAACACAUCGAAAUAUCUACAUCAUUGGAUAUUUCACAUAAAAAAUCAUUAGAAAAUCUUAUGAAUGAAUCUAUUAGUUUGACAUCUGAAAUUCCUGUAGUAACUAAUGAACAAAUAGAACACAAAGAAAAUAUUAUAACAUCUUUCGAAAUACCAAUUCAACUAUCUACUGAAGAUAGAACAAUUGAAACUGAUACCAUACAAUACGAUGAAAAAGUAUCAACAGAUAAAACAGAGAACAAAACAAUUGAAAAUAUCUUACCUACUCAUAUCAUUCAAGAUGAACACGUACCUAAAACCUUAAACUUAACUAAUUCUGAACAAAUGACCAAUGAAAUCAAAAUAUCUUCGGAUAAUACUAUACAAUCAUUGAUACCGAUCGCUGAGAAGAUCGAUAGUGUUAUAUCUUCUGUAUCCACCGAAGAAAAUCUACCAUUACUCGAACAGGUUUCUGAUAAUGAAAAAAUAGCUUCACUAGUUACAGAUUCAUUCGUACAUACACCUAAUAAUGAAUUAACUUUAGAAAUAAAUGAAAAUAUUCUUAAAACUGUUCAUAAUUUAAUCGAUGAUAUAAUUCAUACUGUUAUAUUACAUUUACAAGAAAUUCCUAUUUCAGAUAAAUCAAUAAUUGUACAAAUUGAUAAUAUUAUGCAACAAUCAAUCAAUGAAUCAGAAUCUGAUUCAACAUCAUUUAAAACUGAAAUUGAAAAUAUUCAAUCAAAAUUAAUAAUUGAUCGUUGUGAAUCAUCUGGAACAACUACAGAACCAAAUUCAUCAGAAUUAGUUCAUGCUUUACGUGGUCAUAGUAUUAUUCUACCUAAUAUAAUAUUUCGUCCACCAGAAAAAUCUUCUAGUUCAACAACAACAUCAUCACAAGUAACUAGUUCUGAUCGUUAUAUUUCUUAUGCAAUACAUCAAAUGAAUGAUUCAUCACAAGAACAUUUACCAACAAUACCAUUAGCAGCUGAUAUUCCUAUAUAUAAAAAUAUUUUUUUAAAAUCAAACAAUAUUAUUAAUUCAUUAAUAACAAAAGAAGAUGAUUCAACAGAAUAUGAUGCAACAGAAAAUUUAACAUCUUAUACUGAUGAUAUACAUGAUCAAAAAUUUAAUAUAUUAAAUAAAAAUAAACAACAACAUUUAGAUACAAGUAGUACAGAUGAUGAUGUUGAUGAAGAAUUUGAACAACAUGAUUUAACUAAUAUUAAUCAAUUAAAUAAUAAUUUAAAUGAAAAUAAUGAAUCUUAUCAAUUUUAUGAUCCAGCAACAUCACCAUCAAGUAAUAAUAGUUCAUCAUCAUUACGACAACAAUCAGAUGAUGUUUAUCUUAUACCAGGAUAUCCUGGUUUAUGGAAACCAUCAACAAAUAAUUAUAAUUCAAAUUUACCAAAAGAAUAUGAUGCAGAUGAUGAAAGUAAAACAACAAGUGAAAAUCAAACUAUUAUUCGAACAUUACAUUCUACUAAACGUCCAUUAGUAUUUCAACAUAUUCAAGAUGAAACAAUAAAUUUAACUUAUCCAGAAAUUUUAACAAAUAAUAUAUCAUUACAAACAGAUAUAAUAGAUUUAAUUAAUCAAUCAUUAGAUGAUAAUUUAUUAGAUAGAUCCGAAUCGGAUACAUAUCAAACAUGUCAAUCAUCAAUAUCAAAAUAUAAAAAAAAAUCUAAAUUAAAUGAAAUAAAAACAUCUGAUGAACAAGAUCAAACAAGUACUGAUGAAAGUAUUUUUCUUAUACGUGAACGUGAACGUGGUGUUUCAUUACCAAUUACAAUGAAAAUUGAUUGUGAUGAUAUAGCAUUACGUUUAUCAACAUCUACACCUAUUGAUAAUCCAUUAUUAUAUAAAAAAUUAUCAUUUGAUUUAUCAUCAUCAACUCAUAGUGAACCACCAUUAUUACCUAUUCAUAUAGAUUCAAAUAGUCAACCAAGUUCAUCAUCAUUAAAUAAUAAUGAAAAUGAACAACAAAAAUUACCAUCAUGGUUAAAUACAGUAACAACAACUGGAGAAGAAUCUAAUGGACAACGUGAAUCUCGUAUAACUUUUCUUAAAUCUGCAAAAGGUCCAAUAUGUAUAUCACAAUGUAAUUCACAAGGAAAUUAUAUUAUGAUUGAAAAUACAAGUCAAUCGAAAAAUAUUGAUCUUUCAAAUUGGACAAUACGUCAAGAAAAUGAUAAUGGAGAUAAUUUAAUUUUUAUAUUUCCUGAUAAUUGUUAUUUAGGACCAAAUCAGUCACUAAAAAUAUUAACAAAAACACAUGAAUUGGAACAAACAAAUAAUGAUCUUAUAGCUUCAUCAUUGUCUUCAUGGCAUACAAGUCCUAAUAUACUUACAAUCUUAUAUAAUUCUGAAGGCAAAGUAAGUUUUAUUUAA